UUUGCGCCGUCAUGGCCGCGUGCCUACUUGGGCCUUAUGGAUGGGAAAGACUUGAAAUUAUCGAAUUGUCCUGUGAGGGUUUUCCUCUUCGACUAAGUUUUGGGUAUCCAAAAAUUUCCAAGAAGGGCACAGAAAAAAUAUCAUUUCCCUCAUAAGAUUAAGCUUCCAAUUUUUUUAAUUUUUUAGGUAGUUCAAGGACAUAUCUUCUUUUAUCUAACAAGGCAAACAAAAAAGAAAAACCUUGUUUAUUCUCUUGUAUUUCAUUAAAUAAUUUGUAUGGUUCUUCAAAUUGAACUUCUUUCUAUAUACAAUCGAACCUCUUUUUCAGAUAUCCCCAAUAUUAGAUCAUUCUAUUUAAGCUACGUUUUCUUAAAGAGUGGGGUGGCCACUGGGCGGGAGGAGAGACGAUACCCUUACUGUAAGUUACCCUCAUUAUAGGAUAAACCUCUUUUUAAUAGACACCUCACUAUAAGUUACCUUCAUUAUAAGAUAAACCUCAUUUUAAUGGACACCUCACUAUAAGUUACCCUCAUUAUAAGAUAACCUCUUUUUAAUGGACACCUCACUAUAAGCCACCUCAUUAUAAGAUAACCUCUUUUUAUGUACAUUCCAUUAUAAGGUUCAACUCUACAGAAUACUUACCAGGGGUGGGCCGAGACCCACAAAAUAAAAAACACGAGAUACGAGACUAAGCCCACCCCUGAUACUUAGCUCUUCUUAAGCUACUUCUCAUGAUAUGAUACUAUCUCUUUUAAGCCUCCAAAGUGGAUAUUUAAAAACGAGGUUUGAUUGUUAUAUACAUUCAAUUCUAUUUAUUAUAGUUUUUUCAACGAAGCUUUUUUCUUUGAGACUUUAUUUUAGACUUAUUUUAAACGUUUUUAUAUACUCAAGCCUUUUAAAAAUAGCCUUGCCAUUUUUACACGUCUUUAUUAAAAAGCCAUUUUUGUCCCCUUUUUUAAAUUUUUGA